AUGUCCUCUGCUGUCACGGAGACGGAGGAGUCGGCGCGCAGCUCCCCGCUCACUCCACUCAAACUGGUCGGACUGGUCUGCGUGUUCCUGGCGCUCUGUCUGGACGUGGGAGCCGUGAUGAGCCCGGCGUUGACCGCCGACGACCAGUACUACCUGUCCCUGUGGGAGUCCUGCUGGAAGCCGGCGAGCACCGAGAACUGGCAGUGCAGCAGCACGUUGGGCUCAGACUGGCAGGUUGCUACACUGGCCCUGUUGCUAGGGGGUGGAGCCCUGGUGCUGAUGUCAUUCCUUAUCGCUCUGGUUGCCGUGUGCAUCGGGACGAGACGGCGAUUUUACACACCCGUCGCUUUCAUGCUCUUCGCUGCAGUCGUCCUCCAGGCCUGCAGCUUGGUCCUCUACCCCAUCAAGUUCAUCGAGAGCAUCAACCUGAGGAUCUACCACGAGUUCAACUGGGGCUACGGCCUGGCCUGGGGUGGGACCAUCUUCUCCUUCGGCGGGGGAAUCCUGUACUGCCUCAAUCCCAAGAACUACGAGGAGUACUAUUAGGUCAGAUUCAA